CGCUACGUUUAUAUUGUCCAUCUCUAAGGCGCAGAUUUGUUUACUGCACGUGUUGCGCUUCUGUGGCAAUUAAUAAAUAGUUAAAAUAGUUAAAUCAAAAUAAAAUGGAUAGCGAAGUGGAUGAAUAUGAGCCCACCGACUCCGAGCAGGAGUACGAUGAGGAGGAGCGCGAAAUUUUGGAGGACUUACGUAAGCAACGUAAACAGCGCGCGGAAAAGCAACAAAAAGGCAAGCAAGAAGUUUUGUUAUUUAGCGACAGCGAUGAUGAUGAGGAUCAGGAGGAUGAAGUGGCGGAAUUGAUGCGCGACAGCGACAUCGAAGGUGCCGAGGAUGAUGACGGCGAUCUGCCGGAUACCAUGAACUGGGGCAGCAACAAGAAAACCUAUUACAAUACGGACUUUGUGGAUCCCGAUUACAGCAGCUAUAAUGCCCAGGAGGAGGAUAUGGCCAAGGCGGAGGAGGAGGAGGCCAAAAAGAUACAAUUACGCUUGGCCAAGCAGCUCAAUGAGGCGGACUUUCUGCUAGAUGACAUGGAACAACAGCUGCCAGCGUAUUCCGGCAAAGUUGCAAAGUUAAAGACGGAAAGCAUUAAGGUCACGACGGAUUUGGCGGGUCUGGGCAAGCGUGAGCGGCUGCAGCUGCUGCAGAAGGACUCUCCAGAGUUUAUGGGUCUUACACAGGAAUUCCAGCGGCAUUUGAGCGAAGUGCAACAAUUAACGGGUCCAGUUUUAAACUAUGUGCGGAAUCAUGAGGUUCCAUUGGUGCCGGCACUGCAAUUUGCCGCGGUCUAUCAGAAUGUGCUGCUCACCUACUGCGCCAAUGUGUCCUUCUAUCUGCUGCUGAAGGUUAAACGCCAGCAAGUCAAAUAUCAUCCGGUGGUGAAGCGUUUAGUGCAGUUGAAGCAGCUCAGGGAUCAGCUGGCUCAACGUUAUGUGGAGUUCAUACGACCGCAACUGGAGGCGCUAUUGGAGCGCAUACAGGAUGGCGAUGCAUUCACUGUACUAGAUGUGGCACAAAGGAAGGCCAAGCUGCAGAUAUUAAACCAAUACAAAGAGCAGGAGAAUGUGACGGAGCUGAAUCAAGACGAAGAUGACCAGACAGAUGAGGAGCAGCUGCAAGAGGAACCGGAGCAGCAGGAGGAGGGAGAGGAGGACGCUGAGGAGCUCGCCAGACGCGGCAUCACCUACCAAAUGGCCAAGAACAAGGGAUUAACGCCGCAUCGCAAAAAGGAGCUGCGUAAUCCGCGUGUCAAGCAUCGUGGCAAAUAUCGCAAGGCGUUAAUCCGACGCAAAGGUGCUGUCAGAUCCGUCCGGAAGGAGGUCAAGCGUUACGGCGGCGAAGUGUCCGGCAUUAAGGCCACAGUCACCAAGAGUGUCAAAUUCAAAACGUAGUCUCUAUCUCUAUCAACUAUAUGUCUAUAUACACUUUACACUGCAUAUAAAUCCACUAUUGAUCUGUAAACAUGCUAAA